AUGAAAAAGAAUUUGGGCCAAUUUAAUUUAAUUUGUGGCCCACAUGCCAAGCAGUAUCGUCACACCACAAAGCGUAAAAUCCGGAAAAAUUAUAAGAUUAACCCGGAUGUCGUCGAGCUGACCAAUGAAGUAGGUGUUGCGAGAGUAGUCGACGGUAACGUGGCUCGCGUCGGCAGGCAAAGGGAUGAGACUGUUGAGUGGGGCGAGGAAGAGGCGGCAAUAGGUGGGUGGCCGACCGAGUGGGCUAAGGUGGCAGGUGUCAGACUGAGCAAAAAGGACGGGAACUGCCCAAAAAAAAUCGAAAGGCAGCAUCGAGCUGAGCAAAAAGGUCGUCGUACAAAAUUGUCGAUUCUAGAGAUGGUAUAUGACGUCGGGUGCGCAGCGGCCCGAGGAGUCAAGAGGUCCUCAAGGUUUGGUUGA